UAAGUUAGAUUGUUCUUUUCCCGGCACCCUUUAUUCAUGCCUUGUUUUGACUUCGCCGAUCCUAGCAUAGCUCUGAGUGCUGAUGCAGCUCUCGCAUUUGUUCAGCGCGCCGCCGAGACGGUAGCAGUGCGAGAUCCGGCUUUGCUCACUUCGCAACUACUAGGCCGUUUCCCCUGAAUUUCAACAUGCAGAACGACACGGAGACAAGACUCGCCGGCGCGAAAGAGUGCGACAGUAAUGCGCGCAGCCUUCCAUUCACCAGCUUGAACGACAAUGCUAAGGCAACUAUCCUAUUGAUUCACGGUGCCUUCGGCGAUCGCCACGGAUGGGACAAAGUCACGCCUUCUCUAAUCGACUACCAUCUCCUACUUCCUGAUCUUCCGGGGCACGGCGAAGCGGCUCAUCUCGCCUUCAGCAAUCCGUUGUCCGCAAAACUUCUCUCGGAACUCAUCCAUCGUCAUGCGAAAGGACGCAGAGCGAAUGUUAUUGGUUUCAGCCUGGGCUUACAUGUUGCUGUCGAGCUAGCGACUCUCUACCCUGAGGUCGUCAACGAAAUUUUCAUAUCCGGCCUCAAGAUGAUGCCCGUCUCACUGGCGAAGGGUAUUGGACCAUACGCUCUCUUAGCGAACAGCUACCUCGAAGACAUAACACCUCAAUGGCUCAUCAGUUGGCUCAUGGACCAGCCACCAGACGUCGACGUACACAAUCGCCCGCGACACAGAAAGACGGUCGCUCAUUGUCGGGCCAUCUUGGAGGUCAUCACCACGGCUGACAAGGGCGGACAGUGGCCUGGACCAUGGCCUGCCCGGACGUGCAUCAUCUGCGCUGGAAAGUCUGGCAUCCUACCCACAGCGGACCAUCCGCACGAUGCGGUCAAGCUGAGAGACAUUGGGCGCAAGCGCAAUGCAGAGGACGUUGCAUUCACACAUCCCUUGAUGAGGCACCCAUGGUGCGAACAGGACCCGAAACUGUUCGCUGACGCUGCAAGGAGCUGGUUCGAACACCAGCCAUUGCCGAUUGGUUUCGUAGAGCUUUGAGUAUCUACAGCCAAGAAUAAUGACAACGAAACUUUGUCAACAUGAUGCUUCGGGUAG